AUGCGCGGACAAGUAACGAAAGAAUAUACAGUGGAAGCGUCGGGCAGCAAGUGGCCCGCAGGAAUUGAAGGACGAGCACUGCAAGGGAAGAGUGAUUCUGGGAGUGGUGGAGAAAUUCCUGGCGUGUCUGUAAGGGUCAGUGGAGUCAGUGGUCAGCAAAGAUGGUCCCAGGCCGAGCGUUGCCUCGCCCGUGGACGAUACACCCUGCCCCAUAACAUCCUAAACCCAAAUCAGCCGGCAGAAGGUCUUCCGCAGGAGACGACAAGGUCUUGGCGUGCUCCAACAGGGACAGUGGAGUCAGUGGUUGGCAAAGGUGGUCCCAGGCCGAGCGUUGCCUCGCCCGUGGACGAUACACUCUGCCCCAUAACAUCCUUAUCCUGGCCGGGCCCACACGUCGUCCGUUGUCAAGGAGUACACAGGACAACGAAGGCAAGGCGUUGCAGGAGAAAUGCCGCAAGAGCAGCGAGAUCACCGGAGGAGUCAGCCAUAAAACAGUAG